AUGGAUGUGGAUUUGGCUUUUGCUACAUUGACUGUAGAGUCUAACAAUGGAAUGUGCACUCUAGAAUUACAUCACGGGGGCUGGUUUGAAAAUGGGGUUUAUAAGAAGGGUAAGGUCUGUUAUUUAGACAAUAUUAUAGAGGAUUUUCUGUCCUUGUUAGAUUUACUAAAAAUUGGGAGAGGUCUUGGGUAUGAGGUUGACAUUUCUCAAGUUGAGCAACGUUUAGAAAUUAGGUGUAAAAAUCUUGAGGGUGGACUGGAACUUGUUACAUCAGAUGCUACAGUGGUUGAAAUGGUUGGUCACAUACCAUCCAAUAAGGAGGCUUUUGAGAAUGUUGGGACAAAAGUGGCAAAUGAAGAUGCUGUCAAAGAGGUACCAAAUGAAGAUGCAAGGGCAGAAUUAUCAAAUGAAGAUAUAGGGGCACAUUUGACUAUUGAUAAUGAAGGGGUAGAAUUGCCAAAUGAAGAUAUAGGGGCACAUGUGACAAUUGAUAAUGAAGGGGCAGAAUUGCCAAAUGAAGAUGAAGAUGCAGAUUCAGAAAUUAAAGACAGUAAUUAUGAGUUCAGUGAAAAUGAGGCAGAGGAUAGGCCAACUGUGGGAGAGAAUAUAGCAGAUGAUAGGACUAGUCAUGGUGCUCCAGGAGAGGUGUCAUCAGAUGGUGCUGACACGUCAGAAUUUGACAGUGGAAGUGAGAUUGAUUUUGAGGGUAAUGGUAGAAAAAAGAUAAAACUGCCAAAGUUUAAACAGUAUAGAAGAGAUGUGGAUUUGAAAAAUCCUGAGUUUAGAUUGGGAAUGAAGUUUGCAAACAAAAAACUACUGAUAAAGGCUAUCAAGGAGCUUGCAAUUAUAGAGGGUAGGGAAGUAUAUGGAUCAAAGAUUAGUAGAGAGGAAGGGACAUUUGCUAUAAAAACUUUGAGCCUAGAACAUCAGUCUGGAAGAGUGGACAAGCUUAGGCAGACUACAUCAAAAUGGCUUUGUGACAGAUAUGCAAACAAGUUGAAGCUCAACUCAGACUUUGAUCUGAAAUCAUUUCAACAAGAUGUGUUGGAAGAUUACAAAAUAAAUGUCACCAAACUUCAAGUUUAUAGGGCGAACAGGCUAGCCAGAGAUUUAAAUGAAGGUACUUUCAAAGAACAAUAUGCUAGAUUGUGGGAUUAUGUAGAAGAAUUGAAAACUGCAAACAAGGGUAGUACAGUGAAGAUUAAAACUCAGAUUGUGAAGGGUGAGACAGUGUUUCAAAGGAUAUAUGUGUGCUUGGCUGCUUGUAAGAAGGGAUUUUUAGAAGGUUGCAGACCUGUUAUUGGUGUUGAUGGCUGCCAUUUGAAAGGGCCUUAUCCUGGACAGAUCUUGACGACUGUUGGGGUGGAUGGGAACAACGGUUAUUUCCCAGUAGCUUAUGCAGUGGUUGAUAUUGAGAGUAAAGACUCUUGGAUUUGGUUUUUCAAUCUUCUUAUUGAAGAUUUAGGGAUUACAAAUGAAAAAGCUUGGGUAGUGAUUAGUGACAAACAAAAGGGACUUGUACCUGCCAUUGAGAGAGUACUUCCAACUGCAGAGCACAUGAUGUGUGUGAGACACCUGUACAGUAACUUUAGGGCAUCAUAUAUUGGUCUUGCUCUGAAACAUAUAUUAUGGGCUGCAGCAAGAGCUACAACUGUGCCUUGGUGGGAGGCAGAAAUAGAGAAGAUGAAAAAUGAGGAUGAGGAAGCAUGGAAGUGGUUGAAGAAGAGACCUGCAAAAAAUUGGAGCAGAUCUCACUUCGAAUCACAUUUUAAAUGUGAUCUUUUGUUGAAUAAUCUAUGUGAAAGUUUCAAUGCAGCCAUACUAGAUGCAAGGGAUAAGACAAUUUUGAGUUGCUUGGUGAGGAUUGUAUGUGAUGCUUAG